CACCGCUCGCCAUCCGUUCGCUGAGUACAGGUUGGCGAUAGUGCAUGCCGCGACGAUGGAAGCAGGUACCGCGAGUACGUCCAAUCCUUCAUCGGGAACGAACGAGGAGGAGAUUCAAGCCAAAUAUCGACGUAAAUAUCGCCGGUUACAGCGGAUCAUGAAGGAUCUCGUGUUUGAAAAUGCGGCACUUUGCGAUCACAUAACGCAGGUCCAGGAGAAGAUUGGCCAGCGAACCGAGGAACGGCGGUAUCUGCUGAAGAAGCUGCUCGAUCACGAAAACGAGAUGGAAACUCAACUGGGUCGUCCCUGUAGCAAGCUUAACGAGCUGAUCGCAAACAGCUUACCACCGAAACGGCAGUACAAAAAACGGGAGAAGAAUCCGCCUCCCAACGGGGCAUCGGGUAGCGCGGCCGACGGUAGUACAAAAGGAGGCACGGGGAAAACACCGGUCGAUGGUGGUGUCGCACCGAUGGCGAAUGGCGUACCAUCGGAGCAGAAGGAAAAAGAAGCAGUGCUUGAUGGAGAACCGACAAAAGGCGAAAGCGCCACACGCCAGCAGACGAUUGGAAAAGGGCGCGGAGGAGGGAAAGGUGGCAAGCGUGGACGGCCACCCGGUCAGCCAAACAAAAAGAAGCGAGUGGAAGCGAACCUCAAGGACCUCAACCGAACGACGAAGGGUGGUGGCCAUCCGUCCUACCCGAUCGUAGUCGGUGACUUUACAAUACAGAACCUGGGCGAAAUUGUGCCCGACCGGGUGGCUUACAGUAACGAAUACACCAUCUAUCCGAUCGGUUACUGCGCCACACGGCCGUACGGCCACUAUGAACACCCGGAAAAGCGAUGUCUUUACACCUGCCGCAUACUGGACGGUGGUGCGGCGCCUCGUUUCGAGAUAAAGCCCGAAGGAGGAGCGGGGAGCGACGUAUUCAUGGCUUCGUCCACCGAUGCUUGCCACGCGUUGCUACUGCAACGCAUCAACGCUUCGUUGAACAUGCGCCGAACGAUCGAUUCAAGGCCGGCGGGAGAUUGGUUUUUCGGUUUGCGGCAUCCUACCAUUUCGAGCCUGAUACAGAGCUUUCCGAGCUCGCGCCAAUGUGCCAACUAUCGGGCCAUCAAGCGGGAAAGCAUCACCAGUAUGGAUAAGGACAACGAUCCAACGCUUAAUUAUGAGGCUCUUCUGCGCCACAUUACUCUUUCCAGCUACCAUACGGUGCCCGAGAUCAAGGAGGAACCACCCGACGAACUGUUUGAUCUGCCCGAAGGCAACUCCUCGUCCUCGUCUAACAUUAAUUUGUCCCGUGUUUAGCAGUUGGCGCGCACCCGCGACCUGUGUACAUAACCCGAGUGCAAACAGUGGCCCGAUCCUCGAUCUAAGCGGGGCUAGGACUUGUGGAUGGAUGAAAAAACUCUUGAUUUAAGUUUAUAAAGGGGCAAGUAACAUCUAGUGAAUAAAGGACAACGU